AUGUCCGGGUUACCGGUAUUGCGACACAACUACAGAACAUGCUUCCCAAAUCAUAUUGAAACUUCCGCUUGCUUUGAAAUUCUGGGCUUCGAUAUCAUGUUGGAUCGCAAAAUGCGCCCAUAUGUCAUUGAGGUCAACCAUUCGCCCAGUUUCCAUACAGACAGUCAACUGGACAAGGAGAUUAAAGAGGCUCUCUUGUGGGACACUUUGAAUCUUGCUAACUUUGAUUUCGUUGAUCGGAAGACGUGUAUGGAGGACGAUAGGCGUCGAAUUCGGGAACGACUUUUAGGGGGAAAUUUUGGAAAAACCACAAGGGAUGAUUUGAAUGCGAGGAUGGAAAAGUGGGCAGCCAAGGCAAUAGAAUACGAAAAUGAGCAUUUGGGCAAUUUUCGUCGAAUUUUCCCCUGUGCCAAUAGCGAAGUGUACGAGAAAUAUGUUAAUAGUUCUCUAACCCUCUAUACUGAGACUGCCACUUUCAAAGCUCGUCUACAGCAUUCAAAGCAACUACGAGAAGAAAUACAAGAGCGCAGAGCCCGUUUAGAGUCAAUAUUCCGUCCAAAGCAAAAUAAACUUAGAUCUGAGAGUCCAAAUCGAAAUCCCUAUGCGAAUGGAACGCGUCGACUGGGACCUAAAGGCCCACCAGGACCUCCUAACGCUACUGACACAACACAAAAAGGGAGUGAGAAAUCGCGACUUCAAAAAUUGCGACACCAAGUCGUAGAGGAGCCAAAGUUCAAUUCUCUUGAACCAUGCCCAAUUGAUGAGAGAGCAGAGAAAAGGCGAUGCCUGGAAAUGGAAAGACGGGGUGUAUUACUUCGUAGUCUUGGAAUUGUUGAUGCUGUCUAUAGGCUGUUGUCCGAAAAACCUAGAGUUGUGCCCUAUGAAAGGCGCACAAUGGGCAUGUCAGCUGGAGGUAGAAAAAUGCCUCGACAAUUUCCUCUUGCAAAUCCUGUUGAAAUUGUUCUUCCUGAAAUUAUGGACACAUCAGUUAACAUGCGCCGACCAAGUGCUCAUCCUAUCAGAGGCAUAAACGAUGUCAAUCUUCAUUUAAAGCCGGUGCGUUCAUUUCAAUGCCUUUAA